UAGGAACAAAUACAUGGGAAAAUGGCGACCUUGGGGGACUGUGGCGACUUGUGCGCUUAUUUCCCGGCGCCCGGCACACUUCUCCUUCUAGCCACUGUAGUUCCGCGUCGACUGGGACGCACGCGAAGCGAGCAGACGGCACGGCGGCGGCAAAGAAAGACACGUGACAUCACUUCUAGCCCAUGGCCAUGCGCAGCGCAACUGAUUUUCCUCUCCCGAAGCCCAAGCGCCCAAGUUUACACUUUACACUGGUUACACGUUGCACAAAGGUGCUCCUUCAAGCUACGCCCAAGGAUUUGGUGACAGUAUAUACAGUAUAUAUAUCGUCCACUACACAAGAUGCUUCCGCUCGGAAUUAUCCAACCAUGGGAUUUUAGUAUAAGUCCCAACGAGCUACUGUUGCGUGUAAACAGUGCUGUUGAUGAGUUACGAGCUGAGUACGAUAAAGUGGGCAGUUUGAAGACAGAGGAGGCGACGUUUGAGAACGUAUUAAAUGUACUGGCAGAUUUAGACCGACGUUCACAGAACGAGGAAUACUACUUGACGGUGGCCCAGUAUGUUGCCCCAGACAAAGAGCUACGAAAAGAGUGUGCAGAGGCGGAGCAGCUGAUCCGAAAGUUUUACGUUGAAACGAGCAUGCGGCAAGAUAUAUUUGAGAAGUUGAGAGCACUGCAACAAAAAGAUGCAACGGUGCUGCCCGCAGAAAUGCAGAGGUACUUGAAGAGAUUGAUCAAGCUUGGUGAAAGGAAUGGUCUCCACCUACCAAACAACAUCCAAGAGCAAGUUAAGAACCUCUCAAAUGAAAUCAACGACCUGUGCAUUCAGUAUAUGGGCGUACUCAAUGAAGAGAGCUCCACCAUUGAGUUCACAGAGCAAGAACUUGACGGCAUUCCUGAAGACUUUGUGAAAAGUCUUGAAUUGGUUGAAUCAAGGAAGCGGAAGCUUACGAUGAAACCACCCCACUACAUGUCCGUAAUGAACAAGGCGAAGCACCCUGAGACGCGCCGCCGCAUGGACUUUGCUCGUGGAUCCUGCUGUCUGGAGAACACUCCAACGAUAGAAAAGCUGGGCGCUUUAAGACACGAGAAAGCUGUCCUGCUCGGGUAUCCCGACAAUGUCAGUUUUGUCACGGAAAUAUCAAUGGCCAAAUCGAGGGAUACCGUCUACAACUUUCUGACUGGCAUGGAAGAAAAACUGCAACCUUUGUGGCAAAAGGAAAAGCAAGUUUUUCUUAAACUCAAGGAGGAAGAGUGUCAACAACUUGGCAUACCAUUUGAUGGGAAGUUGAACUAUUGGGACAUCAGAUACUAUGACAACAUGGCCAAGAACUGCAUCUACAACGUUGACCACGAAAAGCUGCGGGAAUACUUUCCCCUUGAUACUGUUCUGACUCGGCUGCUCGAAAUAUAUGAGCAACUUCUUGGAUUGGUGUUCGAGCAAGUGCCAGAUGUAAAGCUUUGGCAUCCUGAGGCGAGUUUGUACAAGGUCAAUGAUGCAGCCACAGGAGAACUUAUGGGUUACUUCGCUUUGGACAUGUUCCCGAGAGAGGGCAAGUACAGCCAUUUCUGCAAUGCUCCCAUGCAGCCGGGAUGCCUCAAAGCAGAUGGUACAAGACAGCUUCCUGUUUACACUCUCAUCUGCAAUUUCCCUAAGCCGACUGCAGACACGCCCUCUCUGCUUACUCACGAGGAUGUGGAAACCGUCUUUCACGAGUUUGGCCACACGAUGCACAGCAUUUGCAGCAGAGCUACCUUGGCCAUAUUUGAAGGCAUGAAAACAGAAAACGAUUUCAUAGAAUGUCCCUCACAAAUGCUUGAAAACUGGGUCUGGGAAGCAGAACCACUCAUGAGGAUGUCUGGUCACUAUGUCACUGGAAAGCCGUUGCCCCAGGAACUCAUUGACCUGCUGCUUGAGUCACGAUUGGCAGGUACAGCUUGGUCCUACCUGCGCCAGAUCAGCCUUGCCCUUUUGGACUACACUAUCCACACACAGCCACGUGUAGAUACCCAGAAGGUGCACAAGGAGAUCCAAGAGAAGCUCCUACAGUGCCUGCCACAAGAGGGUACAAACAUGGCGGCACAUUUUGGUCACUUGGCUUGGGGCUACGACGGAAAUUACUACAGUUACAUGUGGACUGAGGUGUUCAGCAAGGACCUGUUCAGCUCCCGUUUCAAGAAGGAAGGGAUAUUUAACAAACAGACGGGCAUGGAGUAUCGCAAGAAGAUUCUCGAGCCGGCAGGAUCUAAGGAUGGCGCAGAUAUGCUCAGGGACUUUCUUGGGCGAGAUCCUAACACCGAAGCGUUCUUGAUAAGCAAAGGAUUAUCUCUCGCUUAAAUAUGGCUUUCCCCUAAGAUGUUUUGUUACUGUGCACAAUUUUCUAAAUAAAACAGUUCUAUAGCUGUCUCACUGCA